GCGCACUGGCCCCUGCACACGGACUGGACGGUGGUCCGGGACCCGCCUCUCCGGCGAGCCGAGACCCCCGCAGCCCGCCAUGGCCCGGCUGCUCCGGGCAUCCUGCCUCUUCUCGCUGCUCCUGGCCGGCCUCGUCCCGCCGGGCCGGGGGCAGGAGAAGUCGAAGACGGACUGCCACGCUGACGUGAGCGGCACCAUCUACGAGUACGGAGCCCUCACCCUCAAUGGGGAUGAGUUCAUCGCCUUCAAGCAGUAUGCUGGCAAAUACAUCCUCUUUGUCAACGUGGCCAGCUACUGAGGGCUGACGAACCAGUACCGUGAACUGAAUGUACUACAAGACGAGCUGAAACCAUUUGGUCUGGUCAUUCUGGGCUUCCCCUGCAACCAGUUCGGAAAGCAGGAGCCGGGAGAGAACUCGGAGAUCCUGCCUAGCCUCAAGCAUGUACGACCCGGUGGGGGCUAUGUCCCCAACUUCCAACUCUUUGAGAAAGGAGAUGUCAAUGGGGAGAAAGAGCAAAGUUUCUACACAUUCCUGAAGAAUGCCUGUCCUCCCACCUCAGAGCUCCUGGGCUCAACUGACCGCCUCUUCUGGGAACCCAUGAAGGUCCAUGACAUCCGCUGGAACUUUGAGAAGUUCCUGGUGGGGCCAGACGGCAAACCCAUCAUGCGCUGGUACCACCGGACCACAGUCAGCAACGUCAAGUUGGACAUACUGGCCUACAUGAGGCAGAGAGCAGCCCACGGGGUCAGGGGGAAGUAAUUGAGGCCUGCCCCACCCCACAUCCACCACGCGGGGCCCGGGACGGGCUCUGCUCAGGAAGGAAUCCAUUUCUCCAGCCACACCACACUCCCACCCUAGACCCCUUCCUAUUAUAUAAGGCCCCAGCCUGACACAAAAGUGUGCCUACAAGUCUGUCUGCACUGCUAUGCAUGUGGGUGUUUGACCACACGCCUACACGUGUGACCAGAUGUGUGAGUGCACUGAGUGUGUACAGCCAUGUGUGUACCUGCACAAACACCCAGGUAUGUGUACCAAUACAUGUGCCCAAAUCGGGGUGCUGUGGAGAGUGCUAGAGAAGAACACCCCUUCUCUCCAGUUCUCUGCUCCAGUGAUAACAAUUCACUUGCAGCUGAGCCCAAAGAAAAACCAGCUCUAGAUCUAAUUAUUCUGCUCUGCCUGGACCUCAGCUUUGGGGCCAGCAUCUCCCACUGCCUCCGAAUACCACCACCGAAGUGCCCGGAAGUCUCUGGGUCCACCACGCUGUCCAACUUCCCUCCUCCAUUGCCCAGCCUCUAUCCUUCCUGAAGAGCCCUCCCAAGCCCCUACCCCCCACCCCAUAUUGCUCCCUGAACAGCCAAGGCUGGCGUGAGAGCAAGGGCCACGUUCCCCAUGUCAGGAGUGGCAUCUCCAUGAAGGAGAGGCCCGAAGCCCUUGUGGGCGGACCUCCCAUGAGCCUGUCUGAAGGGCCAGCUCUUAGUACAUUCAGGCUGAGACCCCCAGGCAGGGAUGCCACCCCCGCUACUUCGGAGGAUGUGCCCUCACCCCUCACCCUGGCCCACUGGCAUUAGACUCACCCUGUCUGUCCAGUAAAGGCCUUUCUGCAGCAGCUGA